UGCAUCUCUGUUUUGUUUGUGUAUUAAAGCGAUUAAAAUAUUGUAACAAAUAAUAUAAAUAAUGUUUUACGAACAUAUUAUAUUGGCCAAAAAAGGGCCGCUAGCCAGAAUUUGGUUAGCAGCCCAUUGGGAUAAAAAAAUUACAAAAGCACACGUAUUCGAAACAAACAUAGAAAAAUCUGUGGAGGGUAUUUUACAACCAAAAGUAAAAUUGGCGCUACGUACAUCUGGACAUCUAUUGCUUGGUGUAGUGCGAAUAUACUCAAGAAAGGCAAAAUAUCUCUUGGCAGAUUGCAAUGAGGCGUUUGUUAAAAUCAAAAUGGCAUUUAGGCCAGGAAUGGUGGACUUACCAGAAGGCCAUAGGGAAGCCAAUGUUAAUGCCAUAACAUUACCAGAAGUAUUCCACGAUUUUGACACAGCAUUGCCUGAACUGAACGAUAUUGAUAUUGAGGCCCAGUUCUCCGUCAACCAAUCCCGGGCCGAUGAAAUAACAAUGAGGGAAGAUUACGGCAGCUUAUCGCUCUCCCUGCAGGACGAUGGCUUUGGAGACAUUGGAUUUGAAGCAGAUACACCUGAAAUGAUGCGUGGUCCCAUGUCGGGCAAUAUAAAUGAUCAGCUGUUUGACGACGAUGUCUUGGCAAAUGUUGUUGAAUCGAACGAUCCGAAUAUUACGAUAACACAGUCCGAAAUGCCCAGCGAUCGUCUUGAUGGCGACGGCUUUGGCGAUUCUUUUGGCCAGCCCACUUUAUUUGAGGAUGAUCUGUUUGGCGAGCCGCCACAAACAGUUGGAAUAAAUACAGAAAUUAACGAAGCUAACAAUCCACCAGACUAUUCUGAUGACGAUGGUAUUGACAACUUCAACAACGCCCCAUCGCCGGCAUCGUCCUGCGCCAACUCUGUUGCAGAUGACAAGGAGGACAAUUUUCCAGCAAAAGACCACAAUUUCAAUGAAGACGUCAAUGCCUCUGGCGGCGAUGCGGCAUUAAAUGACUUAACUCUUGUACAAAAUGAUGACGAGGGAUUCGCUCUUGCACCCAUUGAUGCAACUACCUACAAGGGUACCACGAAGGCCAAGCGCAAGCGGAAGCUUAUUAUUGAUGAAAUUAAAAAUAUUUCGGGAGAGGAAAUGAAAGCCCAACUAGCAGACACUUCCGAUAUACUUACUACUCUAGAUCUGGCCCCACCUACAAAAAGGUUAAUGUAUUGGAAGGAGACGGGUGGGGUUGAAAAGCUGUUCGCUCUACCAUCUCGAACUAUACCCGCUAGAGUACUUUUGAAUAAUUAUAACCGGCAAUUACUUUCACAUUCGACGCCCCUGGAGGACUUCUCAAGUAUUGCCCCAAUGGAUGUCCUGGCGUUGGAACUGUACACACAGGAGGGCGAGAGCUCGAUUAUUAUAGUGAAUAAAAAGGGACGCAAGCGUAAGAAUGAUGUAUCUGCAAAUUUAACUGCUGAUCAAGCUACAGAUAAUACUCUUACACAAAGUUUGGCGCCUCCUGAAAUGAUUCGCGAACAAGAAAAAUCUUUGGGUCUCUCAGCCGUGUCUUUAGAUAUCAGCACAAAAGAGCGGGAGAGCCUUGCACCGCAAAGCGACGCUGCAAUUUUCGAGAAUAUGCGAAGUCCAGCCCUGUUAUCGUUCAAUGACAUGGAAAACUUUUCAAAUCUCAAUGAAUUACCAUUAACACCCCGGGACGGUCAUCAAGAUAUGGGUGAUGAUUUCCACCACGGCGAUUUAACACCUGCCGGCUUGGAGCAUGGACAAAUGACUCCACAUCAUGGCGGAAUCGGUGACAUUGAUUGUAUACCAAACUUGCCGCCUGACCAAGUCAGCUCUAUUUUCAAUGACACUGAAGCUAGAUCUAUAUCUGCUGCCAAUAACUUCAAUAAGACGUGCGAGAUUUCAACAGAUUGGAAUGAUUACGAUUUUCCACCUUCAGUUGGCCUACCGAAUGCUACCGCCGAUGAACAAAUGGAAAACGAAACGGAUGAGCAAUUCGAGGAGCGGGUGUUAAACAAAAGAGCAGCACAACUUUUUGUUGAUGUCAGAGUUCACUUUAACAACCACGAUCAUUUAACGCUUUCGCAACUAACAGUCCGAAAUUCAAGAAAACAGGCCGCACAAAAGUUCUACUCCCUACUCGUAUUGAAAAAAUUCAAGGCGUUGCACAUCACACAAGCUGCGCCGUAUGCAGACAUAACAGUUACACGUGGCCCUCUGUUUGACAAUCCUAAAUUGUAAACAAUUGCCAGCUUGGUUUUGGCAGCUAACCGAAAACAAUAAUAGUUUUGCAUGUAUUUUUUCA